CCUGAGCAGGCAGAGGUGCGUCCAGCUCGCUGGCAUCAGUGUGGAGUCUCAGUGUGUAGCGAGUGAAAACAAAAAAGGCUGCGCGGUGCAGAAUUUCCACUUCAGAGUUUUGGACGCUUUUUACGCACGCAUGUCUUUUCCCUUUGUGAGCUGAAAUCAAAGUUUGGAAUUACUGCCAUUUUUCGAAAGUAAGCACGUUUUUGCUGACUGUGUGAAAUAGCGUCGGACACUCAGAGCUCUUUGAAGAGAACAGCUUUGUCAGUUAACAUGUCCGCUGAGGCGCAUUCACAUUUGGGACUUCAGAAAAACAACAUGGAUUUCGUCGGCGACUUCGACUUUGCGAAGUUCGGCGUUAAGAAAGAAUCGAUGCAAGGGAUGGACCGCUCCUUUAUCGGGCCAUGCAGCCAGCUCCAGAGACCGGACUCGGUCUCCUCCACCCCCGGCAGCACACCUUGCAACUCGGUACCCUCGUCACCGAACCUCAACCCCAGCGAGCCGAGAAAUAACCCCGGGGGCGACCAGUUCUGGUUACCCAACAACGGGGGUUACCCUCAGCAAAUGUACCCCCAAUCUUUCGGUCUGACACCCGAGGACGCAAUGGAGGCCCUGAUCGGAGCCACGGCACAGCAGGGACACCCAUCUGUGCCCCACGGCCACCACCAGCCACCUUUCCAAGCUGAGUACGAUGGGUACGGCCACAUCAACGAGCCGGUCCAGCAGUACCCGGGACUCCCGGGUCACCCCGACAUGCAAGGUAUCCCCGGCAGUCACUGCGAAGACCCUUAUAUGAAAGAUGACAUGGGGUGCGAUUCCCCUGAUUCGAUGGAUGACGAGUCGGACCUCGGUGCGCACAUCCCGCACAGCCGCUACGACCGGCGGUCCAACGCGGACAGCAACUUCUCCGACGACCAGCUGGUGUCCAUGUCCGUCAGGGAGCUGAACCGGCUCCUCAGGGGCCUGGGCAAGGACGAGGUGAUGCGUCUGAAGCAGAAGCGCCGGACCCUGAAAAACAGAGGUUACGCACAGUCCUGCCGCUACAAGCGCGUCCAGCAGAAACACGUUUUGGAGCACGAAAAGACCAGCCUGGUGGGACAGGUCGAGCAGCUGAAACACGAACUGAACAGGCUGAUGCGGGAGAGGGAUGCAUACAAAAGUAAAUGCGAGAAACUGUCCGGUGCGAACUGUUACCACGAAACCGGGUCCACCAGUGACAACCCCUCCUCACCCGAGUAUUUAAUGUGAGUUUUGUCCAUCCCGCAGAACUGACCCAUCUCCAUGGCAUUGGAGGCAUUAUGUUGACAGAUCGCCCUGCUCUUUAACAAACAGGCCCAUGGAUUCUUCAAAUUGUAAUUAAUGUUGGACUUAAGGAUAUCUCUCUAAUAAUUGUAAUAGAAACAACUAGACAACAAGUUAUA